AUGGAGGAAGCUUCAAGUAGGAGCGCCUUGGCCGUUUCGGAUCCUAAGGAAACUAUUCAAACAGAAUCCUAUGAGGGGCCUAUCAGGGUUGCUUUGGAGGAAGCGGUGGCGGAGAAGCAGCCUGAAAUGGCUAAGGAGAAGAAGAAGAAGAUCAAGGAGAAGAGGGCAGAAGGUGAUGAAGAAGCCCAACCAAGGAAGGAGAAGAAAGAAAGAAAAACGAGUGAGAGAAGGGAACACAGGCAGGCGGAGAAGCACCUGAAGAAGAAGGAAGAAAAGAGAAAAAGGGUUGAGAGCUCAGAAGUCGACAGAGAAUCAACCACCGCAAGGGUGGAUGAUGGGGUGUUAGCGCAACAAAAAGAAUCAGCGCAACUUGAAGAGGAAACAAUGCAAAUAAGAACAGUUGCGACUGAUGAUGGAGAAGAUUCAGACAUCACCCCCUUAUGCGACGUCGCAAGGAGAAUGUGCCGCAAGAGUCAACAGUUGACGCACAUUUUUUACAAAGUGCAUUAA